ACUGCUGCUAGUAAUUUAAACUCAUACUAAUGCAUGCUCAUACUCUGUAUUUCAGCUCCAGUCCAGCAGCUGAGAAAAACCUUAAGGAAAUAAAUACUCUCUUUCAGGAAAUGCGUGUAAAGACAUUAAAGAGCAUCUUCCAAGACAAUUGCAGUUCAAAGCUCCCUGAAAGAAAGCUGGCUGACAAAGAAGGAAAAUUGCAUAUGAUAACCCAGUGGCUACAACAUGAAUAUGUGACGUUAGAUGACGUCAAAUAUGCUGCUUUGCUUUUGAAAGACACACAUGAGUCACUUCACAUGUUAUCACUUGAAGUAGUUAUGGGGAAUGAGAAACUAGAUGACUUCCUCAUGGCCCUGCUCUUCUACAUAUCUUUUUACCUGGAAAAAAUUGCCCUAGAAAAGAAAUACAGAUCCUUGACUUCGACUAUGAUAUCUUUUGAGAAGACAGAAAUGAACAAUGUGCUGGAGAAGUUAGCAGUGUCCAGGAUUCACCUUGCCAAGGUGUACUGUAACCUUAUCCUUGGACGAGGCAUGGCACAGCAGUCUAGUGGAAAGGAAAAACCAUCAUUGCAGAAAGAUCGGAGCUACUUUGAGGGCUUGUACAACUUCAGCAGCUAUGUGACUUGGCUUGCGUUCAGACGGAAGCACUUCCAAGUGAUUCAGGAAGAAAUCGGCAGGCUUCUUUGCUCUGAUGUGUUCAAUCCUGCCUUAAGAGGCAAGAAGAAUAUUGCCUUGCAGAAACCAGGGGAUGGAACUGCUGAUGCAAAUACUGUGCAAUUGCUGUAUCCGAGAAAAGACCGUGACAAACAUCCUUCCAUAAGCACCAUGAUUCAGCAGCGCUCGCCAGCGCUGAGCACGCUGCUGCCAUUACCGAAGGACAGUGCUCAAUACCUCUUCCAGAACCACGACUGGCAGGCUAGGGACCCUCAACUCUGCAUGUGCGAUGACCUGCCAGACUUCUCUGAAUUGUUCACUAGCAAGGUGGGCAUCAUUGGAGCUCAUUGUAGUGAGUUAAAAUCUCUCUUAAGCAUGUCUGAUGGGACAAAGGAGGAGGAGGAGGUUGAGCAGGAGGAAGAACAAGGAAGAAAAAGCAGUGACCUCAGUUUGGCACUUCUGGGAAGCCCCCGAAACAGGCUUAGAACUCAGAGCACUGUGCUCUGAAGAGCAAUGGAAGAAGGUGACUGUAAUCAGAGCAACUAGCAGACGUGAUAUUUAUGUUGAGUGGCAUGGUUUCACGUUGCUAAAUAAAUCACUUGGAAAUUGCAGCUUAAGAAGCCUAACUCAUUUGUCAGAGGUGGGGUAGUUCAGCACACAAGGGUGACUGGAAACCUGGACCGUAAUUCCUGGUUCUGUCACUAACAAUUCCAUCUUCAUCUUAAUGCCUUCAUUGCACCACUUCAGAGAUUAUUUUACUGACUUAUUUUGGGAAGUGUUUUGACACCUGCAGAUGAAUAAGAUUAUUGAUUUUAAUGUCAACUCUCUAUUUCUAAAGAGUUAGCAAAGCAACCAGGAGACAUGACUUACUACAGUGUAAAAGUUGCUGAAAUUUUGCUUUUG